CAUGUGCAUUCCCUCCGCCCCACCCCUCCGUCUGGCGAUUGCCAUUUGGCGGGAAGGGAAGACGUCGCAGAGCUAAAGACAAACACAGCCGUGAGGCCAUGGCGGGACGGCGCGGUGCCCUCAUCGUGCUGGAAGGCAUGGAUCGCGCCGGGAAGAGUACCCAGUGCCGGAAGCUCGUGACGACGCUGCUAGAGUCGGGACACCGCGCAGAACUUCUCCGAUUCCCGGAGAGAUCCACAGAAAUCGGCAAGCUGCUGAGCGCCUACCUGGAGAAGAAGAGCAACAUGGAGGACCACACGGUGCAUCUCCUCUUCUCCGCAAACCGCUGGGAGCAGGUACCGCUGAUCAAGGAGAAGUUAAGCCAAGGAGUCACCCUCGUGGUAGACAGGUACGCCUUCUCCGGCGUGGCCUUCACCAGCGCCAAGGAGAACUUUUCGCUCAACUGGUGCAAGCAGCCCGAUGUGGGGCUCCCGAAGCCGGACCUGAUCCUCUUCCUCCAGCUGAGCUCCCAGGAAGCCGCCAAACGGGGCGACUUUGGCACCGAGCGCUACGAAAACAACGCCUUCCAGGAGAAAGCCUUGCAGUGCUUCUACCAGCUAAUGAAAGACGAUUCCUUGAACUGGAAGACCAUCAAUGCUUCCCAAAGCAUAGAAGACUUACAUAAAGAGAUUUACUCCCUCGCUGAAGAGACGAUCCAGAUGGUCCAAGAGACCCCCAUGGGCGAGUUGUGGAAAUAGAGCCGGCUGCCGUCCCUCUGCCCUGCAGGGAGCGGGAGAGCGCUCGGCCCAGCCUGGAAGGAAAUGGUGUCUGGGAGGCGGAAAGGGACCAAGGCUCUGGGGGCUGUGGCCGCCUCGGGAAACCAGAAUCACCUUUCAGGCCAGUGGAUGGGAAGGAGGUUUUUGCAGAGCCAGGAGAGUAAUUUCACAUUUCAUCCCCGUUCUAGGACUAGAGAAAUGCAUUCUCCUUUCUUUUUAACCCUGUAGUUUCCUUUUUCAGCUUGUUUUUAAAUGGAAUUAUAGAAAUAUCAGCGAAAUAAAUGAAUUAUUUGA